CACACAUACCACUAUUCGCAUCGCAGCAGCCCGCGCAGCACAGCGAACGCGCCUGGGGACAUGAGAGCUAUAUAAAGCCACCCGCACUUGGCGACCUGUGUCUCUUCCUGGGCUUUGCUUGGUUGCUUGCUUGCUCCAUUGCUUGCUUGCUUGUAGAACCAGCAGUGAGUGAUACACACACACACACAGCAGCAGUAACAGCAGCCACGCAGCACCGGCACCGGUACUCGCAGACGGACCACCAGCUCAUGAACCUCUUGUCCCUUUGUCCCCGAGUCUCCUCUUUUCUAUCUUAGAUCCCGGCAGCGGACGUCGCAUGGAGUGCCUGUGAGCUCAUUUCCAGGGAUUGGGAUACCGCAGAAUCGUCUGAGUCUGCGCACUGUAGUAGUCGUCGUAGUCGUAGAAGUCCAGUUACUCAGCCAGUCAUUCCGUCAGUGUGUGAGCGUGUGUAGGAACCCCCCCUCCCCCCCGCGCGCGCAUGUCUGUUCGUCGAGCUCAUCGUUGCGCGAACUGAGUGAGCCACCCGCGGUGAAGUGAAUAGCUAGGAGCGACAGAGCGCACUAUCAGCAACAUAGCCCACUGUUUGAGGGUCUGGUUGGGGUGUUCGAGGGAAUGAGUCUUGGUUGGCUUGACCCAGCGGGAAUAUCAGUGCUUGUCGCCACCCCGGCCCUUGCUUCGAGCCGGAGCCGUGGGUCGUAACCUUGACGACUGCCAGUUUCGAUCUCAUUCCCCAAGGCUUACGCUUGUUUUGGAUGUUGUUGAGGGAAGGACGAGUGGAAGGGGGGGUAUGAUAUCCACAGAAGGCUGGCGACGUUAAUAGUUGAGCACAGCGAAUUCAUUUAAUUCGUUUGAUUGGCGGAUAUUCGUACGUGGCGUGGAAGCGUGUCUGCGAAACAGCGCGUUGGUAGCCCAGGAAUUAUUCUGCUUUGCCACACUUAUAAUCGAUCCAAUCUCCUCUUGAAUGUUGAAGCCUCCGGUUCUGCGAAGUAAUUCGUGUUGUUGAGGGUGCAAGCAGAUCAGGGAAGUGGAGGAGGGAAUUCUUGCAGAGAGUCUCUGUGGUUGUAGAACCAGAGGAAAGGGUACAUUAGAUUGAGAGAUCGACAGUUGGAGAGUGGCACAGAUGGCCGCGCAUCCCAUAUCGUCCCACUCACACAAUGCAGCAGAUCUGGCCGCAGUACUGACGAACACCAACACCACGCUGCGAAACGCGAGUCUCUUGUCUGCGCUGGCGCUCGUACAACAGCUGCCUGCCAUGUUCGUCGAAGCCGAGGACCAGCGGCCCGUUCUGGAGAUGGACGGGGAUCCCCUGGCGUUCAGCCAUUUAAUUCCCAUCGUGGACAUGUCUCUCUUGAAGUCCUCGGACCCUGCGGUGCGAGCCUCGUCCGUGGCGGACAUUGCGGCGGCUUGCGAGAAAUUUGGCUUUUUUCAGGUUGUGAAUCAUGGCGUGGACGAGAGCCUGAUUCGCAGGUGUGAGACGGAGGCGCACACGAUGUUUGAGCUUCCACUCGACGUCAAGGAGCGAGUUCACCGCCCGCCAGGCACUUCUUUUGGCUACGGCGCAAACACUUGGGUUAACCAAACGGUCAUGCACUGGGCUGAGAGCUUCCACAUGCAGCUUCACCCGAAAUCCAAUAUUCGGGAAUUCUCCGGGAAGCUCUUCGCGGAGAGCGACCCCACCAAAUUCAGUUCGACGGUGGAGGAGUACAUGGGCCAAAUUGAGAAGCUCGCGAGGCAGCUCCUGGAGCUUCUCACUGAAGGGUUGGGACUGGAGCCCACCACGUUCAACCAUUACGUGGAGAAUGAGCGCAUGAUGUCAAUGCGAUUCAACCUCUACCCUCCUUGUCCUCAGCCUGAACUCGCAAUCGGUUUGCGAGCUCACACCGACCCACAUCUGCUCACCAUCCUCCACCAAGACGAGGUUGCGGGGCUUCAAGUGCACAUCGACGAAAAGUGGAUCACCGUCAAGCCCCGUCCCGACUGCUUCGUCGUCAAUGUCGGCGAUCUCUUUCAGGUCUUGAGCAACACUCGGUACAAAAGCGUGCUUCACAGAGCAGCGGUGAACGGCACGUCAAAGCGUCUCUCCCUGGCAUGCUUUCUGAAUCCACCCUUGAGCGCAACUGUGGAGGCUCCUCCGGAGCUCAUCACCGCCGAACGGCCGCAGGUGUAUCGACCUUUCACGUGGGGGGAGUAUCUCUCGAACGCUUACAAAUUUCACCCGGCCAUGGGAGGGGAGCGGCACGAACGGUUCUUCCUGGAGAGAUCGUGAACGGAAAAACUUGACUAUGUUUCCUGUUUGCAUCGUUAUUCUUCCCGCAGCUGUACAUCACGUGUGCCCUCGCCAUCGCCACGCACCCCCAAAGCGCACAAGAGGUCGAAAAGGGUUUCAAAAACCGUUAAGAGUUUGCAAUGCUGCAGCUUGCGCAUGGAGUCACUACCUCUGGACCAAAAUUCCUCAACGCUCCAUUCGGAAAUGUUGGCCAGGAUUUUGGCGUGUUGGUCAUGGACACCUUCCGCAGUGGAGGUUCAUGAUCUUCACUGUCGCAGAGAAGCUGUGUCCACCUGUGUGUUUCAAUUUGGCUUACACGAAGUUCAUACUUACACAAAUAUCUGAACAUAGGCUGUAUAGAUUGAAGAAGCACCAAGACGGAGCCUGCGCGGCAAUUUUGUGAGUGCUUCUGGAGACAGGGCACUCGGAUUUGAUUAUCGGUCUAGAUCGUUAGGAAGGUAGGGAGAAGGGCUACUUCGUUUUGACAGAGUUAGUCGACCGGCUGGAUUGUUGUAUAAUUGUAGCAUUGCUGAGGCCUCGUUCGGAGGCAAAAAAUAUCACUGGAGCUGCAUGAGAAAAUCAUCUGCUAGUAAUUUAUUUUUUCCUUGUACAUACCAACUCAAGCUUGCAAGCAGUUGCUGAUACAUGUGUUGAUAAGCUUACUGCUAUCCUUUCCAUUCUUUUCGAAUAAAAAACCAAAUUCCCUUGAA